GCUCAAGCCGUAGAUGCACCAAUAAACAUACUACAAACAGCUCCAAUUCACGAUUGGGAAAAUACUUCUCCACUUCAACAACCUAUCUGUGGAGAAACUCCAAAGGUGCUAUCUCUUCCCAAACACAAAACGCUGCUUUCUGUCAACACAGAAAUUUGAGAAAAUGUCUGUUGCAAAGCCUUUCAGGAAGUUGAUUAAAUGCGUUAUCCUUGAUUUGGAUGGCACGCUUCUCAACACAGUGGUUAAAUUUGAUUACAGAUGGUAUAGUUGGCAACGUUUUAAAGGUUUCGUUAGGAAAGUAUGGAAAAGAAUGGGAUGGAAGAGAAACCCUUAAAAUAGUGGGGAAGACACCGUUUGAAGCUGCUUCUGCUGUUGUCGAGGAUUAUGGACUUCCCUGCUCCCCGAUUGAAUUUAUUUCCGAGAUUUCGCCGCUAUUCUCCGAUCAGUGGUGCAAUAUUAAAGCACUUCCUGGUGCCAAUCGGUUGAUCAAACAUUUGAAGAGAAAUGGUGUUCCAAUGGCCUUGGCAUCAAACUCUCCAAGGGAAGGCAUUGAUGCCAAAAUAUCCUUCCAUGAUGGAUGGAAAGAUUCUUUCUCUGUUGUAAUUGGGGGAGACGAAGUUAGAACAGGGAAACCUUCCCCUGAAAUAUUCCUUGAAGCUGCUAGGAGGUUAAGCAUGGAGCCUUCCAGCUGUCUUGUCAUUGAAGACUCUCUACCUGGUGUUACUGCAGCUAAGGCUGCUGAAAUGGAAGUGAUCGCUGUACCAUCACUUCCAAAACAGUCUCAUCUCUAUACUGCAGCAGAUGAGGUGAUAAAUUCCCUUCUUGAUUUGCAACUUGAAAAGUGGGGUCUACCUUCAUUUGCAGAUUGGGUGGAGGCAACUUUGCCUAUAGAUCCGUGGUAUAUUGGUGGUCCUGUCAUCAAGGGAUUUGGUCGUGGGUCGAAAGUACUGGGGAUUCCUACAGCAAAUUUGUCAACAAAGGACUAUUCAGAUCUCCUUUCUGAGCAUCCCUCAGGAGUUUAUUUUGGUUGGGCUGGAUUAUCAGCAAGAGGUAUUUUUAAAAUGGUGAUGAGCAUUGGUUGGAAUCCAUAUUUCGACAACAAAGAGAAGACUAUAGAACCAUGGUUGCUUCAUGACUUCACUGAGGAUUUCUACGGGGAAGAACUGCGGCUUGUUAUAGUUGGUUACAUACGUCCUGAGGUCAAUUUUCCAUCCCUUGAAAGCUUGAUUGCUAAGAUUCACGAAGACCGCAGAGUUGCUGAGAGAGCUCUUGAUCUUCCCUUGUAUUCAUGUUAUAAGAAUGAUUCAUAUUUGAGAAACUCUUAGUACUGAUUUUAUUAGCUUCUUUUGAAGAAACCCCUACAUUUGUACCAGGGCCAAAAACAUUUAUUUAAAUACUAUUCGCUGUGGUUUUUAAUCACCACUUGCCAGAACGCAAUUUAUUUAAAUGUAAUGAUGCAUAAAUAGUAAUGAAAAGGCUAUUAUUUCACCUACAA